AAUUAAUUAAUUAAAGAAAGAGAGAAAGUAAUAAAGAGUGAAGCUUUAUUUAUCUUUAUGUGUGAGUAACAAUAGCAAUGUCCACUGUGUAGAAAUAACAUCAUCUGAAAAAAGAAAAAACAUGGUGAAGACAUAGAUGUGAGUUUUCUGUGUUCAUAACUGAACUUGUUUCAAGCUUCAACCUUAUGUAACAAAAGCUGUAUUCAACAUUACUCUAUUAUUAGAGUUGUUAUCACUUGAUAAUUAUUCCUGUAUAUGGGGACUCUGGCACUCGAACCCGAUGAUGUAAGCUCGGAUAUAUACCUUUCGUUGGGCCUAAAAGAUAUUGAUAAAGGUGUCGGAGUUCCACGGGUUUUGUCACUUCUCUCUUCAGUUCUUGAAAGAUCAGUUCAGAGAAAUGAAAUGCUGUUGGAAACAAAACAUGUAGAAGAUGUUGUUACAGUAUUUCACGGUUUAAGAGCGCCUGCUCUGAGUGUUCGUAAGUACAUUGAUCGUAUCUUUAAGUACUCGAGUUGCAGCCCGUCGUGUUUCGUUGUCGCGCAUGUUUAUGUGGAUAGAUUUAUUCAGCACACAGAGAUCAAAUUGACCUCACUUAAUGUGCACCGGCUUCUCAUAACAAGUAUUAUGCUAGCAGCAAAGUUUAUCGAUGAUGCAUUCUUUAACAAUGCUUACUAUGCUAAAGUUGGAGGAGUAAGUACAUCAGAAUUAAACAGAUUGGAAUUGAGCUUUUUGUUUGGUAUAGAUUUUAGACUUCAGGUUAGUGUAGACACAUUUGGAAGAUAUUGUUUGCAAUUGGAGAAGGAAGGUUCAGAAACACUUCAAAUUGAAAGGCCAAUGCAGGCUUGUAGAAUUAAAGAAAGUUGGUCAAACAAAGAUGAGCCUCCAUGUGCCUCCACAAUUGCAAGAUGGUAGUGUGCAAGCAAGCACAAUGUAUUAUUGUUGUACCACAAUUCAAUGAACUCAAAGAAAAAAAGAUUGAUGAAUAUACACUAUUAGUAGUUAAACCAUUUUUUUAAGAACACUGUUGUUUGUUCUGUUUCUAUUUUUCUUUAGCUUUUUUUCUGUUUUGUUUGUAUUGUACACUUGUUUGUAAUUGCAAGCAUGUAACCGAAUAGUGGUUGUAAUGAAUUUUAUGUCCUUACAAUAAA